GGCAUCUUCUUCCUCACCCCUUCCGACCCCACUCCCGUUCUCUCCUUUGCACCCACCUUUCCCCUUCCCUCCGUCGAUCGGUGUCUCUGCCGUUUUCCGAUCGUCUCGUUCGACACCGAAUUUCCGGGGUUCCUCCGCAACACCCCCAGAGGCACUUCCAAGGGCCUCCGUUACCAAGAUAUCGCCCUUAAUGUCGAUUCUCUCAAUCUCAUCCAAGUGGGUAUCACCCUGUUCGACGACCGCGGCAACGUCGGCGGCACCUGGGAGUUCAACUUUCGGGGUUUUGACGAGGAAACCGACCCCCAUGUUCCAGAAUCCAUUGCCCUCCUCAAAGCGAAUGGCUUGGAUCUCGAGAAAUUUGGGAAGUUCGGCAUUGAUUCGGAUAUUUUUGUGGAGGGUUUCGUUGAGAUUUUAAGGGUGCACAGGGGGCAGCUCGUAUGGGUGAGCUUCCACGGCCUCUACGACUCGGCCUAUGUAAUGAAGCUGGUGACGAGGAAGACCAUCCUCAGCUCCCCCACUGAGUUCGCAAAGAUGGCAGGUCGUUUGUUCGAGAGGGUCUACGACUUGAAGUUUAUGGCCAAGUACUGCCCGGGCCUAUUUGGGGGCGAAAUUGGGCUUGAAAGGAUGGCAACAAUCCUCGGAGUGCAGCGUUGGGUGGAGUCGAAGAGGGAGGGGGAAGCGUGGGUGCAGAGGAGAGAAGGGAGGGGGGUCAGAAGGGGUGAGGGUGAAGACGCCCAAUUUUUUUUUUUUUUUAAUUUUUAUUAUUUUAUUAAUUUAAUUUUUAAUUUUUAAUAUCUACGUGUCAUUGUCAACAUAAAUGUCAUAUCAUCAGUUAAUGAUAAAUUUAACAGCAACCUUAAUGGA